GGAAAUCGUGAAGGCUAGCAGUUAGCUAUCAGCUAACCGGUGCUAGACGUGCGGCUUUGAACGUGCUAAAGUUAAUUUGAAGAGGAGAUAGUUUUGAACAGUUAAUAGCUUCAAAUCUGCUGUUGGCUUUAUGAAGCUGAUCCACGGAGUCAAGACAAGAAGAUCCGACCAUGCUGCUCCAGUUUGUGUACAGCCCCCAGGACUUUGUCACGGACGUGCUUCAGAGAGGAGACGUCCGUCCGCCGCCUUCCAAGUUUGACACGCUCAUCAGAGCCGGCUGGACGGACCGGAUGGACAGGGGACUCUUCCGGUACCGUCUGGGGGACCUGCAAACGCGUGUCCUGCCGGGCCCCAGCGGCUACGUCGCUCAGCUCAACAUUCAACGCGGAAUCGAGCGGAGGAAGCCCCAGGAGAUACUGAGCAUUCAGCAGGAGUUUAAUCCCAGCCAGUUUAACUUUAACAAAAUAAACAAAAUAAACGCGGAUGAGAUUAUAUGUGAGAUGACGAAGGACACGGGCAGUGGAGUAGAUCUACCCGCGGGCCAGCUGCCUCGACCCAGCAGGAUUGUUGUGUUGAUCAACGUCAGCCCCCUGGAGUUCGGACACUGCCUACUUGUUCCCGACCCGUCGCUCUGCUUACCUCAGAUCCUCACAAGAACCGCCGUCCAGGCCGCCAUCGAGUCUGUGCUCCUCAGCGCCGACCCCGGUUUCCGCGUGGGCUUCAACAGCCUCGGAGCGUUUGCGUCCGUCAAUCACUUGCACCUUCACGGAUACUACCUGGACCACGAGCUCAGGAUCGAAACCGACCUCGUGAAGCCUUUGAUCGCCGAGAAGAGGUUUUAUCGCACACUAGGCUUCCCUGUUGGAUUCUUGAUUUUUACAGAACCGGACGAGGUGGACACGACGGCCAGAACCGUCUGCGAAGUGACGGACUUUCUCGUGGGCGAAAACGUUGCUCACAACGUGUUCCUGACCAGAGGCUGCCCACCGGGCGGCCAGACGCCGAGCGCGAAGGAGCGCCGCUUGAGAAAAGGUGUCCGUAUAGCCGUUUGGCCCAGGAAAGCUUGCUUCGGCUCCAAAGAGGAAUCCGCCUUUAACGUGGCGCUCUGCGAGUUAGCGGGGCAUUUGCCCUUUAAAAACAAAAAGGACUUUGAGUGUACAACUGAGAGAGAGGUCAUAAGUAUAGUUCAGAGGUAUCUUCUGCCAGAAGAUGCGUUUCACCAGCUGGAAGAGCAGCUGGUUAACCACUUAUUGACUCUUUAAUGUCAGGAAUACAUAUUUAAUGUUCAUAAAACUUUAGGGUAUCCACGGUUAAUCUGAAUCAAUGCCGUUCUGUGUUUUUGUGCCACUGGCAUGAUGGUGGGUGUGUCACACAAGGAACAAAUGGCGCACUCACAAUGUCAGUCUGUGGGUUUUUGACAUCUGUCACUGCUGACCCAGACGUGGCGUAGUUUGUUUGAAGCAGCCUUCGGACAGACCGAUCCUACCGUGAUUGCGCGCCGCUGAACCAGAAGCCUAAGAAAACUGACAAUCAAGACAUCUGAGCGUGAAAAUGUAUGAAAAAUUUGAACUCUAAAUGUAAAGUUAAACGUGCCCGAGUUCUUUAAAAGUAAUAAGUCCGCAAAAAGAUGCGUAACACUCCAAUGGGAAUGCUUGUCUCAUUCCCGUCGGGGUGCUGGAUAUGAUCUAAAAUAGUUUUGGCGUCCCUUAAAAUGCAAAAGUUUUAAAACGCCUCUUGAGUGAAAGUUCUUUAUCCUGAUUUGGAAAGCUAGAAGUUCUAACAACAAUGUUUUGAUAAAAAUAAAGACGCAGCCUCAUGUAGUUUCUAGACAUUUUCCUCAGUCUGACGUCGCUAAACGCUGGAGGACACGAGAUCCAGCCGAACAAACAGAAACCCGGAUGUUUAAAUUGAUCGUGCAUGCACGGUAUUUACAUGCACACGUGUUUUUUUUUUUAAACUAUGUGUCAUGUUUAAGUUUCCCUCGAGUCGUCUUCUGCUGAUAAUGCCGGCGGUCACUGCUGAGACGCGGGCCCGUCUGAAGAAGCAGCUAGCGGAGUUCGUGGUUGCUGCACUGCAUCGUGGGAAAACCUGAAAGCUUCGACUGAUCGAACCUCCUGUGUAACGUUUUUGCUGAGCUUCUUGAUUAAUCACAAUGCCACAUACAGUAACGCUAAUCUCAGCGUUAUUAAACAUUAUGUUUAUAUUAUGUGUAACAUAAUGUUUUUUAGUUGCCAUGGGCUUGAAAGAUUUUGUUAUUGUACGAUAGCCUUCAGUAAAGAGACCAAACUUUCACUGCUUGUUGGUAUUAAAGCAAAAAUCUGAGUAAA